CGAGAUGUUGGUUCCAGAUUCCUUGCAAUUAGUUCGCAAGUAACGCCUUGUGGUUCUGCGUUGCGUGGGGCCCAAAGCGUUCCAUGCGGAACGUAUUUCCGACGUGAGAGUGAAACCAGCAUGGGAAAGAUAAAGGUAAAGAAUGAUGUCUUUUGUUAAGAUUUAUAUUACAUUCUGGUUUAUGAGCAUUGAUCAAUUCGAAAUUUAAAAAUCCAUCGUACAAAGAGUUCCCGUUAGUUAGCCGUUGUAACAUGAACAUUUUACACUUUUCAAGAUUGUCUUGUUAAUAAUCAGCCCACACGAACAACUUAGCGCUUCUUUCCAUAAAUUUGUAAAAUUAAAAAAAGUAUUAAAGGUUGGAUGUAGAUCAGAUGAAUUAAGCUCAAAAGUUUUCAUUAUGCUCAAUUAAAUUCCAAAGAAAUAUUAGCUUUUAAGAGCCCCUCAACCUCAAUUUCCCCUCCCCCACCCCCCUCAAUCCUACCUCCAACAGGUAAAACUUGCUAAUGAUAAAAGGCUUACCAAAGUUAAUUAAGAACACAACAUUUUAUGGGAAUAAAUUCCUGAAGUGCAUGUAAGAAAAGCAGGCUCACUCUUUACAAUUACUCAGGCUACAGAAUUAAUCUUCUGUUGAACUGUCUGUAACAUUAGGGAAUUUUUGAAUAGUGGUAUUAUGCACAAUGCUCUGACUAUAGUAUUCUGCCCUAAAUUAUGCCUGUAUAAUUUAUCUGACCCUGUUUGGAUGUCUAAUGGAGGUGUAAUAGAGUAUGAAGUCUGACGAAUCUAAUCUGACCAGUUUAGAAAGGAAAUAGGUAUUUCUUUAUUUGUAAAACUUUUUUAUUUUUUGAUGAUAUAGAUUGGAAUCAUUGGUGGCACUGGCCUGAGUGAUCCUGAUAUUUUAAAAGAAGGAAAAGGAAAACAAGUUUCAACACCAUUUGGAGAGGUAAGUUUGUGAUGUGUAAUGUGUUCCAGUAUGAUUUAUUGAGCAACACAAUAUGAAGGCUUAGAGUGAGGUAUUUUUAAUGAUCAAGUAGGUGGCAAAUAUUGUUGGAAAAUAAAGCUUACUCAAUCACACAAAAAUCAAGAAGUAAAAUUCCACUAUAGUGAAUGGGGGUCUUUGCAUUAUGGCUCUCUUGAUAAAUAAUUGUAGAAAUGCAUCAUGUUGUAUGAUGUAGGUAUUUUGAGAAAGUAUCUUCCUUACAUGGUGCAAAAUUGAGAAAGGAAUGUGUAAUUUAUGUCUGGGAUAAAAAGCACUGGUAGAACAGAGUUAUGAAUUACCUAAUGUGGCAAAUUCAGAUGUAGCCUUCUUCUUCCAUUUUCAAUUUUCUUAUAAUGAAGACAUAUUCUUUUGGAUCAGCCAAGUCCUCUGGAGAAAAUUCAACUUAAUAAUUUGAGUGAGAUUUUUACCUCUUGUUUUGCUCUGCACAUAAUGCCAGCUUGAAGAUGUGUGCUAUUCUGCUAGUCUCCAGUUCUUCGUAGUUGGCAUUUUCCUGACUAUACUUGUAGGGUCAUAUUGUCUUAACAGUUUAUUGCAGACAGUAAAACCCAUCUUAACCAACCUGAUAUAUCCUUCAAUUGUAAUUUUUUCUGUCCAGCCCCAAGUUUUGUUUGGUUUAUGUUCUUCAUAACAUCUGCACUUUAUUAAUUGGCUUUACACUCUAACAUCAUUAUGCAUAAUCUCCUUAUUGUUCUCUCAUAUACAUUUCCUAAGGUGCUGACAAAGACCUUAAUAUAUGAUUCAGGGGUGAUAUUGUAAGGAGAAAUUAGUUGCUAAUCACUCUUAGGGGUCAAAGGGUUUAGUUGGAAAAAUCAGAGGACAUAACAGCAACUGUAAUGUUGUAUUUGUUAUAUUCAUCUGGGUUUUAUUUUACUUGGACAUGAUUUAGUUAUGUUCAGUGGAGUCUUGUUAAUAAGAGCACUUCACGAUAUGACAUUUUAUCUAUGAUGUAAUCUCAUCAGUGAAAUCCUGAAAAUAUCUAGAAAACAGCCUAUUAUUUUGUCCAAAGUUUCAUGGUCCAGUAGUGGUUUUAGCAAAUAACAGUGUUCUAUGUAACAGAUCCUGUGGUCUUGAUCAUUGAUAUAUUAUGUUAAAAUAUUUUAAGCCCUCAGAUGCCUUAGUUGUUGGUAAAAUAUCUGGAGUGGAGUGUGUUUUGUUAGCAAGGUAAGUACAUCAUUUAUUAAAAUGAAUUGCUAUAGCUAUGACAUUAUCACCAUUAUCCACAGGGACAUUCCCAUCAUUAUUAGUUAUUUUAAAUACUUAGAAUCUGACCACUAUGUUAUUAUGACACACACACAAAAAACACAAUUUCAUCUUACUUUAAUCAUAAGGUGCAUAUUAAGACUUUUGAAAAUCAUUUAUUUUUUUGUUACUUUUGUGUUUCAUAAUUUAGUGCACAUUAGCAAUGUGCAAGUAUCCUGUUAGGUUCAAUUUUGUCUUGUUCUUCAUCUUUCUUUCCACUUCAAAGCCUGACUUCUGUUUUUAAGCUUUAACUUUCUGUAAUGGUGUGGGCCUAUUGUAAUAAUCAACCUGUUAAGACUGGUUCCUUAUUGAUUUGUUUGGCUUGUCUCUCAACUUUGUGUGGCAGGCAUGGUAAGAAACACACAGUCAUGCCAACAAAUAUCAACUAUCGGGCAAACAUUUGGGCUCUGAAGGAGGAGGGCUGCACUCAUGUUGUUGUCACUACAGCAUGUGGAUCUUUAAGAGAGGAAUAUAAACCUGGAGAUCUGGUGUUUCCAGAUCAGUUCAUUGAUCGGACCACUAAAAGAGUUUCUACAUUUUAUGAUGGUAAAGAAGGUAGCCCAUCUGGAAUCUGUCACAUGCCCAUGCAUGAACCUUAUUGUCGUCAUGUUAGAGAGGUUUGUGUUAUGUUUAUCUUUUUUGGGUGAUGGAGCUGAAUGAUGUCUGCCCAUGUCACAAAUACAACUAUGAAACAUGUUGCUCUCAAACUGCAUUUUUAUAUUGCAUGGACUCAAAACAUUCUCAUCAAGGAUUCUAUCUUCUUCACUGUCUUCAAGAGUAAAUUUAAAGAGAUUAAGAGUCAUAUUCUUUCCAUAACUUUGGGUUCUCAAUUGGUGUCAAAGAGAAUUUUAGUAAGGAUGAUUUUCAAUAUUUUGUAAAGUUUGUGGCCACUUUUUCAGAAAAGAACUGAUCCAAAUUUUGAAUUCCAGAAAUAACCAGAAUAUUUUUAAAAGUAAUACUCUACAUAAUUUCAAUCAUAUGUAUUUAUCUCAGAGAACUGGUGCAGGUUUUUAUUUUAAUUAGAUGGUGGGUCCAUAUCAGUUUUUUUUCUUGUUAUUUCAUGGACAUAUUUUUUUAUUUCUUCUGUUGAUAUACCAAUAUAAUAAGUGAUUAUCUCUGCCUCUGCAAUGCAGUCAAAACAAGUUCUUUUCUGUUUGUUAUUUUGUUGGGUUUUUUUGAUAUGUCUUGUGACCACUCAUAACUAGAACACCUUACAGUCAUACUCAUAUUUGAUUAGUAAAUGCUGGAGAGAGAGUUUAAUUAUUUAAAAGACUUUGAAAUUAGCCUGUUUUAUCUUUCCUUUUGAACAAUUAAUGUACCUCUAACAUGCUUUUCAGAUUCUUGGUGAAGUUGCCAAAGAGUUGAAUGUAAGUCAUCACAGCUCAGGAACCAAUGUUGUUGUUGAAGGUCCUCGCUUCUCAUCUAAAGCUGAAAGCAAAAUGUUUCAAAUGUGGGGAGGAGACAUCAUUAAUAUGACAGCUGUUCCAGAAGUAGUCCUGGCUAAUGAAGCUGGUCUUUGUUAUGCUGCUAUUGCUAUGGUUACUGACUAUGACUGUUGGAGAGAUGAUCAUGAACCAGUAAGUAUUCUGUCUAUGUGUAACUAAUGCAGGUAAUUCUUCUUUGAAUUCGAUACUAACUCAGAGUGGCUAAUGUACAAUCCAGGAGCGUGUGAAUAAUACAUUCUUGGACUGAAUAUUGCACCCUGGACUCUGGAUUAAGACCACCUGGGUCCUUGAAUUGGGUUCUUGGACAAGAGGCUUUUCUCUUACAGCGUCACUUCUCCUAGAUUAUAAUAGUAUACCCAAAAACUGUCAGGAAAGCUUGUUAAAUUGUUUGAGGUUUUUAUUGUGGAAAGGGGACAAGUGGCAAUCAAACUUACUUCAAUAAAGGGGCAAUCCUUGAAAUAUAUGCUUUUCAAAAUUCAUCACUCUGUUUUACGUAUUGAUAUCAAUAAGGUGAUAACAAAGUAAUAAUUGGAGGAGUUAUUACCCUGUAGUUGGGUUAGUUACCCUGUAAUUAUUUAACUCCUGCCCUGUAGUUGCUCCUUGCUUUGAAAUGGAUAAGCUUUAACUGUUAAAAAUUUAAAUUUGGCACAGAGAAAGCAUUAAAAGUCAGGCUGACAGCCGCAAUUUUUCUCUUAGCUAACCUUUGGCUUGUCUUCACUGACAAAGAUUGUAUACAGGUAACCUUGGUGCAAAUCCUGGGGGCUAAACCAAAUUCUCAGAGUAAUUUUAAGGUCACUUGCCCUCUUUUCCCCUGAGAAGUAAGAUGAUCAGGCUACCAGUGAGUGAUACUAUUGAAAGUUAGUCAGGACAUGAGACAUUUUUGAGCCCACAUAGUUGCAUGAGUUUCAUUGUGGCUCAGUGUUGAGAGUGUUAGCCCUUUAACCCCAGAAGUGGCUAAAAUGCAACUGUUCCUUGCAAUUCCAAUAUUUUUCUUGCAAACAGGUUGUGAGAAGAGAUAAGAUUAUCAGCAAGAGGAUGCUGUGUUGAUGAAACACAAAAAGUCAUGUCUAAUUUCCUAGGAACUGUAUGGCAGUCAGUAGGGAGAAAUACUAGUUGGAUCUUGGAACCUAAUAGGGUCAAAGGGUGUUGGGCAUUGCCAUACAUAUGCUGACACACUGAACCAUAUUUCUUUGAAGUCAAAUAUUAUUGAAUGUAUUAACAUUUUCUUGGUCAUGAAUGAUGUUUUAGGUAAGUGUGGAAUCAGUAAUGGCAAUCUUUAAAUCCAAUGUGGAAAAUGUCAAAAAGCUUCUGUUAGCAGUAAUUCCUCGCAUUGCUGCAAAAGAAUGGGAUGACAUCAUUGAACAACGACAGGUACUUUAAAUCUUACAUUCUGCAAUUAAUAUUUUCAAUGAGAAUGGACUUAAGCUUUUUCUUAAAAGGUUUGAGAGGGAAAAGCUUUACCCCACAAGCUCUUGUUUUUCUUAUGCCUGGUUCUCUUUUGUUUAGUGCAGGAGAAACACAAAGGCUUAAGGGUAAACCUUAGGUGGCAAGUGAUUUGUAGAAAAAACAAUUCAUACAUUUCCAGUACACUCAAUUUUACACUGAGACUCCAAAUUUAGCUUUCAAAAAUUUAAAAUUCUAGCUCAUACAUUUGUUUUUGUGUUUGAUUUUGUCUUGAAGGCUGCAACCACAAGCAACACUAUGCAACAUGGAACCUGAUCUUCCCAAAAGGAUGUAGCAAAAACAAUGUUGGAUCUUGAGGAUUUUUCAAGUUGACAUUGGGAAAUAAGGGAAACAGAAACCCUUUUACAUGGGCUUCUUUAAGAAAAUGUGAAGUAGAAGUGUAUGGAAUGUUUCGAAAGUAUGGCAUGUAUAUUUAUGUCUAAGUUUACAACUGGAAUUAUAAUAAAUAUGUUGUUUUACUGGUGUUGUCAUUCAAACCAUUGUAAAGUCAGAUCUAGAAAGGCUGAAGGACUCAUCAGCUGCAAGGUUGUUGCAUAAAAUAACCGAUAAUGUCAAAGAAAAUGUGCAAGAUUCCUAACACUAAAUGAGAUUCUAGUCCUUAUUGCUUUCAUUUGUGAUGAAGAGUCAAUCAUUUAUAGGUAAUAAUUUUUUCCUUUGUUGUUCUUUUUAGGCACACCUAAUAACUGGUACAUAAUAAUUUAAUUAAUAUCCACAUUUGAAAAUGGUUAUGGGGGGGAGUGAGAGGGUGAGUGUGAGAAAAUAAGGGAUUGAAACUAUUGUGAACUUGGAGGAGGGGUCUUUAAGUAGCUGAAGGGCUAGUUAGGGAAGACCUAAGGAAAAAAAAGAAACGACAGCUAAACAAACAAACAAAACAAACAACAUAUUAAACAAUAAAAAGUAUGCUGUAAUCAAAAUACAAUGAUGUCUGCCCUUAUAAUGCUAUCUGCUUUUGUAAUAUUUCACACUAAAGAGAAACAACAAUGGAGUGGGUAAUCAUUGAUAACCAUGAGUAGCUAUAAUGUGCAAACAAAGCCCCAAAUUGAUCAUGAUUGCCAUUAAGAAAAAAAAUAAAGAAAAUGGGACCUUAAGUUGUCAAAGGUGAAACAUCAGUAUAACUAAAAUAAACCUACUUUACAACAGAAAAUACCAAUAAAAAAGAAAAAAAAAGUAAAUUCUAAGAAAAAAGGGGGGUCACAUCCUAAUUGGCUAUUUUAAAAUUUACCCAUAUUUUCUUAAGGUUGAAAUUUUAGGCUAGAGAGGUCAUUUAGGCCAAGGUCAUUCAAAGUGAUGAAAAUAAAUUUAUUGUUAAAGGGUUACUCCAAGGAAUGAUUAAAUCAUGC